UAGUGUUGUCGAUUGUCGCGGAGAAUCCAUGUUUGAUGACCUCUUUUUUGACAUUCCAUUUUCAGCGUUUUCAAAAUGAAUCACAACCAAAACAGAUGACAUUUUUAGUGUUCAUAAGUAUGUAAUAGCGGUUAUAAAAGCAUUAAAAAUGCAGGUUGAAGACGCACGUUACCUGAAACGAAAGGUCAAAGGGGGAAGUAUUGACGUACAUCCGACAGAAAAAGCACUGGUGGUGAACUAUGAACUUGAAGCAACUAUCCUUGGAGAACUUGGCGAUGAAAUGCUUGGAGAGAGAAAGGAAUGUCAGAAAAUAAUCCGUGUGCGAAGUUUAAACUCUAGUACAAAUAUUGCAGCAUUGUCACGAGAAGUAGUUGAAAAAUGCAAACUCAUUCAUCCAUCUAAAUUGCCAGAGGUAGAACAACUAUUGUAUUAUCUACAAAACCGAAAGGAAUCCCAAAUCAAACAAGGUUCAGGUAAAAAAGGUGAACUGACUGGGAAGUUGAAAGACCCACCACCGUAUGAAGGAACCGAGCUGGAUGAGGCAGCCAACAUUACUGAAAUAGAAGAUUACAUUGAGCUGUUAUAUGAAGACAUUCCAGAGAAAGUGAAAGGCACAGCUUUGAUACUGCAGAUUGCAAGGAAUCCAGACAACUUAGAAGAACUACUCCAGAAUGAAACCGUUCUUGGUGCUCUUGCACGUGUGUUACGAGAGGACUGGAAACGGAGUGUCGAGCUGGCCACAAAUAUUAUCUACAUUUUCUUCUGUUUCUCAAGUUUCUCCCAGUUUCAUUCUGUUGUGUCUCAUUUCAAAGUGGGAGCUCUUGUUAUGAUGAUCAUUGAGCAUGAACUGAAGAGGCAUGAUGUCUGGGUUGAGGAACUUACAAAAAAGAAAAAAGCUGGUGAAGAGAAUUCACAACUAAAGAAGGACUAUGAAAAGAGUUACAGGAAAUACCAAAGUCUGCUAAAGAAACAGGAGCAGCUGUUGAGAGUAUCAUUUUACCUGCUUUUGAAUUUGGCCGAAGAUACAAAAGUUGAAAUGAAGAUGAAAAACAAAGGUAUACUGGGUAUGUUGAUACAAACAUUGGACCGUGACAAUAUGGAACUCCUUAUCCUUGUUGUCUCUUUCCUUAAGAAACUGAGCAUCUACGUAGAAAACAAGGAAGAAAUGCGAGAGAAACACAUCAUGGAGAAGUUAGCCGGCAUUAUCCCAUGUGAACAUGAGGAUCUGCUUAACAUAACACUCCGCCUUCUUCUGAACCUUUCCUUCGACUCGGAGAUGAGGAGUCAGAUGAUUAAACUUGGUCUACUGCCAAAGUUUGUGGCAAUUCUUGAUAAUGAGAAUCAUAGUUUGAUAGUUCUGUGUCUGCUAUAUCACAUCAGUAUGGAUGACAAAGCCAAGUCAAUGUUUACAUACACGGACUGUAUUCCCAAGGUGAUGAAGUUAGUUUUGUCAAGCCCUGGUGACCGUAUUGAUCCUGAAUUGGUGGCGCUGUGCAUCAACUUGGCAUGUAACAAGCGAAAUUCACAGAUAAUCUGCGAAGGCAAUGGUUUGCGUUUGUUGAUGCGAAGGGCAUUGAAUACACGUGACCCCCUUCUGUUGAAGAUGAUACGGAACAUAUCACAGCAUGAUGGCCCAACCAAGACUUCUUUUAUAGAAUUUAUUAGUAAUAUAGCUGAAGUAAUACGACAGUCAGAAGAUGAAGAUCUGGUAUUAGAGGCACUUGGGAUCCUGGCCAACCUCACCAUCCCUGAUCUUGACUACGAGCUCAUUGUUAGAGAAUACCAACUGGUCCCGUGGAUUAAAGAACGCCUGCAACCGGGAGCUGCAGAGGAUGAUCUGGUUCUUGAAGUGGUGAUGUUGGUUGGUACAGUGGCUACUGAUGAUUCUUGUGCAGCUGUGUUAGCGAAAUCAGGAAUUAUUCAGUGUUUGAUUGACCUGCUUAAUGCUAAGCAAGAAGAUGAUGAGAUAGUUUGUCAAAUAGUUUAUGUGUUUUAUCAGAUGGUCUUUCAUGAAGCAACACGUCAGGUUAUCAUUAGGGAAACUCAGGCUCCUGAUUACUUAAUAGAUUUGAUGCAUGAUAAGAAUGUGGAGAUAAGGAAGGUCUGUGAUAAUACAUUAGACAUCAUUUGUGAAUUUGAUGAGGAGUGUGCAAAGAAAAUAAAGCUGGAGAAGUUCCGAUGGCAUAACUCUCAGUGGUUGGAGAUGGUAGAGAGCCAUCAACUGGAUGAUGAUGGGUUGAUGUAUGGAGAUGAGAGCUAUAGUCCCUACAUUCAAGAAUCUGACAUAUUGGAUCGGCCUGAUCUAUUCUAUGGUUAUGAUGAAGGUGAAAUGUAUGAUGGCGCUGUUACGCCAGAUUACUUGGAGGACUAUGGUGUACCCAUGCAGAAUGGUGAAUAUCUAGGCCCACCAGGAACCUCCAUGUUUGGAAGGUACAGCCAACAAGAACUUGACAACCAGGGACGUGCUGCUGGGGCUUAUAUCAUUGACAGACAAGUUGUGGACCAGUACGGACACCCUUUGGACGAGUACGGUAGGCCGUUGAGAGAGUCCUACAAUUAUGACAACGAUGCUCAUGACAGUUUCGGAGAUUACAGGCAAAGUUAUAAUUUCUGAUUUCAAAGUUGAGGAAUAACAGAUUACGAUCAAAAAUAGAUGGUAUUCAUAGUCUCAUGUUUAUAUUAUUCAAUCAGUUUUAAUAGUUAGCAGAUAUCAGUUCAUUUAUUUGCAUAUAAUGCCAUGGGCGCCCAAAUGCAUGAAUCAGGGUCUACAUAAAUGAGGGUACUCACUGCAUCACUGUCAAGGUAUCAGAUCACAGGAUGUUUGUAUUUUCAAGGUAUGAUUAAAUGUGAGCUCACCCUAAAAUAUUACAUAAGCGCUUAAGAUUGUCACUUCAAAGUAUGAUUUUUUUAAAACCAUAUUUUACAAAGGGUUACCCUUCCAGCAUAUCCUAGAAGGUCGGCUGAUAUUUUGGGCCCUCUUAAAUGAAAUAAUGUGAUGCUUUAUCAGUGAAGUAUCAUUGCUAGGCUUAGGGAGUUAAGAUGUUUUUUAGUUGUAAGAGAAAAAAAUCUGUGCUGUCACAGGAUUUGAACCCAGGACCCUGAGAUUGGAAGGCAAGCAUCUUUUAACCAUCAAGCUACAACUCCAUUACAUGUGAUGUUAAGAUAAAAAUAAUGAUCAUUACUUAUUGUUCAUGUUGGCAAGUAUCGCUCCAUUACUUGUUAGGACAACGCUGAUGCAGACCAGUAUUUUAUAUGUCCACUACCCACUUGAAAAUUGUAUGUGGCAAUAGAGAAAAACAAUUCAGUGAGAGGCAAUGAUUCUCAAUGUUUGCGAUCUUUAUUUGGUCAUCUUGAGAAAUUGUUGUUGGUAAUUUUUAUAUUCUGAAAAUAUUUAUGUACUUUUUUUCUAGUAGCAGUAAAAGUAGAUGAGUCAAAUGCUAUGAUUAGUUGGUCCUUGACAAGUUGACGCAAAUAUUUCGAUUGGGUGAUAUUUGCAGAUUGAAACUACAAGUUUUAACAUGUAAAAAGUACUGUAUAUUAAACAGUGACCAAAUGAAUGAAGUGUUAUUUAAACCUUGAGUAAUAUUAUCUGAAUUUUAAUUUGAUUUUCAUACUAUUGGCAAAGUUUUCUGAUACAGUUAAAUAAUUACAGUAUAUGUUUAAAAUUUAAUAUCUUUAUUUAUAGCGUAAAUGGGGAGUAAUUAGCCAAAUGUAUAAUAAAUUCUGCUAAGUAUUUAUAAUGAUCAGUGUUUCCUGCCAUAUAUUUGUCAUCUUGAAUAAAGCGUGCAAUCAAAGCUUA